AUGGCUGGGGGCUCUCGGGGAAGAGCCCCUACUAACCAAACGGGCGAGGCAUCGCAUAGCUCAGGGCUCCGGGGUCAAUCAACUCCAGAAACUGUUGCCGGAAAUCAAACUUGGGUGCUCGAGCUGAUCGAAGAGGUCAUCGGGUUAGUACGCCAACAAAGGCAACAACCUCAGCAACUAGUCCAGCAGGAUGUUGCUCCUCCUGAGCAAAGAAGGAUUAUAGCUGAAUUCAAAAGAAUGGCUCCUUCAGCUUUUAAGGGCACCACUAGUCCUCAAGAGGCCCAAGCUUGGAUAGAUAAAAUGGAGAAAGCCUUCAGGGCAAUGGAAUGCAUUGAUGAAGAAAAGGAGGCACUUACCUGGCAGAGAUUCCGCACAGCAUUCUACUCCAAGUAUUUUCCCGCCAUGAGUGAGCUAGAGCGGGAAUUUCUCAAUCUGAAUCAAGAAACUAUGACUGUGGAUAAGUAUGAGGCCGAGUUUGACAGGCUAUCUCGAUUUGCUCCCACCCUCGUCAUGGAUGCAGAGUCCCGAAUGUGGAGAUUUGAAGAAGGAUUGAAGCCUCACUUACGUCGAGGUUUGGCCGCAGUGCACUCAGCAAACUAUGAUGACUUGGUAGAUAGGGCCAAGAAUAUGAAAAUUGUCUGGAAGGAAACACAAGAGUCAAAAGAUAGAAUACAAAAGAAGAGGAGCAGAGAUGAUGAUACUCAUAGUGGACAGAAUUCUAGCAAGACUGCAAAAUCUCAUAACCAAUCUUGCCAAUCAGGGAAGCAAGGAUCUUAUGGAAAGACUACUCAACAAGAGAAGCCUAAAUGCGGUCAGCGGGGUCAUAAGGUAGUUGAGUAUCCUCAACAGGACCUUCGAUCAGUUCAGAGACCUCAAACUACAAGAACCCAGCAAGUGCAAGCUUCUCCUGCUCUAGCUCAGUCAGCUCAGCCUUCUUCUCCUAAGCAGCAGAAAGGAGGGAGACCACGCACACCGGGUUGUAUUUAUGUACUGACUCAGCAGGAUGCUCAGGCAUCCAACACUGUGAUGUCAGGUACAUUGCUAGUUGCUUCUGUUUAUGCUCAUACACUAUAUGAUUCUGGUGCUACGCAUUUCUUUGUGUCAUCUACAUUUAUGCGAAAACAUGACCUGCUUUGUGUGCCAUUAGAGUAUGAUUUGCAUGUUAGCACCCCCGCCGGGAAUGGGAUGAUCGGUAAUCAGUUAGCAUCACACUUUGCUAUCAUUAACUGUAAUGAAAAGCAGAUAAAAUUUCAGAUCCCUGGAGACACUGAAUUUAGCUUCGUAGGUAGUGGUGCUUAUACUUCUUCUUGA